UGAAAGCAUUGAAGUUACUUUCCUGACCCUCACUGCUAUAAAUAGAAUAAUAGUUCAAAAAGAAACUACCUACUUCGAAAUAAACGGCCUAACCUUACCGCAUGUAACCACUAGCAUCGAUGACUCUAUAUUCGCUGAAGGGCAAGCUUAUGUUGCAAUAAGUUGUGCAACUUCUUGGGAAAACCUCUGCCUCUUAAACUUUGAUCACAAGUACCUCAAAUGUCCCAGAGCUGCUCUGAACGAAUACAAAAGACUAGAAAGAAUAUACGCAAAUGGCCUACAAAACUUACA